GAACAACUGGCGGCGGCGCCUCGAAGCCGCCCCGCGGAGGCUGCCGGGGAGCUCGGCGCCGCAGCGCUCGGCCCUGAAGGCGUCGGCGAAGGCGGGCGCCGCGGGCAGCGCCGCGCCGCGGAAGAGCGUGCAGCUGGCGGACAGCGGGCCUGCGGAGGCACAGAAGCGCACGCUAGGCGAGCGCAUCGUCGCCACCAAGCAGGAGCGGGCCCUGGCGAGGUGGGACGAGCAGCAGGCCGAGUGGGAGCGCUUCCGGGAGGCGGCCUCGCAGAAGACCCAGCGGUCCAAGAACGAGCUCGUAAUCGCCAAGACGGAAGAGUACCGCGAGCGCCUCGAGGUGAUGGAGCUUCUCGACCGCUCUGUUCCCGACGAGAUCAAGAGCGGCGGAUCUUCGUGGUACUACUCCCUUCGCGGGGACGGCACGCGCUUUGUACAGCUCGGAGACAUGUUCAGUGGUCUGUCGGUGUCGCUUCAGAUGCACAAGAAGAACUACGUGCACGAGAUCGUUCGCAAGCCCCAGCUCCGCGACUACAUCAACGCCCGCAACGAGAGCGGCGCGCGCUCCUGGAAGGACGACGAUUUCCUGCAGAUGCGCCUAAGGAAGUACCGCGCGAAGAUGGAGGAGCUGGCGCCCGGCAAGCUGGGGCACGACGAGCUGCUCGAGCCCACGGCCAUCGGGCUGCGGCCACAGGAGCAGCCGCAGCCCAGCGUCGUUGCGCCCCUGGCGACCCCUGGCCCUGUCGAGUGCAGCGCGCCACCGCCGCUCGACUGCUUCAGCCCGCUCGUACAGGUUGCCGGGAAGCAAGCGCUCGAGAGCGGCCCGCACCUGCAGCUCCUGCCCAGCAGGCUGCAGUUCCGCGCCGGCGUUGGGGAGCGCGUCUCCCGGGACAUCGUCCUGAAGAACACGGGCUCGACGGUCAUCAAUUACGAGUGGGGCCUGAACCCGCCGAGCCACGGCUUUGCAGAGUCCGUGCUCCCCGCGGACCCCACGGGCCACUUCACGUGCCACUGCGUCCGGGGCCAGGUCCUGCCCGGCAGGGAGGCCACGUCGCGCUUCGUCUUCUCGGCCGACGUUCCUGGCGCUUUCGUCUCCUCCUGGCAGCUGUCGACGUACCCCGAGCUGAGCGACCCGUUCGGCGAAGUCUCGAUGCACGGCGUGGCGCUGCAGGACGAUGUCGUUCUGGAGAAGCGCCAGAACUUGCAGAAGAAGCUCCACGACGACCAGGUGCUGCACCAGGUGCAGGAGCUCAUCGACGACAUCCUGGAGUCUGUGCGCCGGACCUCCCUCCGCAGGAUCGAGCCGGACCUGAGCUCCAGCGUGGUCCAGGAGAGGCUCUUCGAGGAGGCGAACGCGUCGCAGGAGCUGUACUGGACGCCCCACGCGUGGGAGAGCCUGAAAGGCAUCGGCGACCGCGUGGCCGCCCUGAAGCCGCCCGCGGAGGCGGCCGUGGCGGCGGGCCCGCUGGCGGCCGCGCGGGAGCCCGCCCGCAAGCUGCGCGGCAGGAGGCCGCUGCAGAAGCCCCCGCCGGACCCGCCGCCGCCGGCGCCUGAAGACGUGGCCGGGGUGCCGUGCGCCAAGCGGUGCCAGCGGGACCUGGCCGCUCUGCAGGCGGCACCAGACGACGACAAGAUGCUGAAGGAGAAGGCCUCCGUCUCCGUGGAGCUCGCGCGCGCCACGCGCGCGGCGCAGCAGCGCCCGCUGGAGCGCUCGCCGAUCUGGUUUGCGGCGUACGAGGCGGUCCUGGAGAUCGCCACGGCCAUUCCCUUCCGCUACGCCGCCGCGCGCUCGGCCGCCCAGCUGCCUCCGAUGGAGCCCUUCGUGGCGCCCCCUGGGGAGGACGCGCCCGCGGAGGUGCUGGAAGAGUACAAUCAGCUCAUGGAGAAGCGCCAGGAGAUGAAGGCUGCCCGGCGAGCGCUGGGCGACGAUGGCAAGGAGGAGGAGAUGAAGGAGCGGUUCGUGGAGUCAUUCUCGGCGGCCAAGUUCGGGGAGAAGGUGGCGGAGUUCUCGGCGGUCGCCCGCGAGACGACCUUGCUCACAAAGAUCGCCGCGACGGCGCCCGCGUCGCUGCGCGAGAGGAUGCAGCCUUACGUGGACCGGCAGAACGCCGACGGCGUGGAGAUGGGCGGCUGUGUGGUGCUGUACGAGCUCGACCUGGGCUUCCUGCUCGCCCCUGCCCCCCCCGCAGAGGCACCGCAGGAGGCGGGGCAGCCGCAGAUGGCGCUGACAGGUGACGCCUUGGAGCUCGCCAAGCAGCGCCUCCAGGGCGUCGCCUCCGUCAUGGAGUCGGGCCCCCUUGCGCUCCUCGUCACCGCGCACGUGGGCGAGCCGGCAGCCGCAGGCGCUGCCGGGGACGAGCAGGUGGCCACAGACGCGGGGGAAGGCGCGGGCGGCGCCCCGCCCAGCAGGCUGCUGGAGGGCGUGGCCGCGCGGAUGGGCAGCCUGCUCUCCCUGGAGCCGCUGCUGCCGCUGCUGAAGGCAGCGGUCGGGGGCGCGGCCAGCUCCGUGGAGUUCGUGCCCCACGACGACUGGCUGGGCGACGUGGAGGCGUUCGCCGCGAGGGUGCGGGACGACUCCGCGGAGGGCAAGGUCUACCUCCUCGACAACCUCUCGGCCUUCCCGGAGGAGCUCGGCGCGCGCCGCGAAGCGGCGCCCGCGCGGGCGGACGACGCUCUGGCCGACGCGUCCCCCGCGCCGGCGGCGGCCGUCGGCGUGCCCUGGGCGGCGCGUGAGGCGUGGGCCGCGCGGGCGUUCGGGCCGCUGCAGCCGGACUUCCUGGUGCAGGACUCUUGGACCUGCGCCUGCCAGUCCUUCACCACGCACACCGGCUUCUGGCCCGCCGCCCCCCUGCGCGUGCUCGGCCCGGCGGUGGACGCCGAGAUCGCCGCGUUCGUGGAGGCGCUCCGGCUGCCCUUCGGCCCGGGCGGGGACGCCGGCGCCGCACCCGAGGGCGAUGAGGACGCCGAGGCACCGCGGGCGCCUCUGCUGGUGGUCGUGGGCGGUGGCGGCGGGCUGGCGGGCGCCCGCGGCGAGGAGGCCCUGCUGGACAAGCUGAAGCUGCUGGUGGGCCUGUCGCGCCUCUCCGAGCACGAGCGGGGCGGGUUGCUGCUCCAGCUGGCCGGCGAGGCGGCCCUGUGCCUGCUGGCCUGCCUCUACGGGCUGAGGCUCGGGAAGGCGGCGCUCCCGGGCGGCGCCGCCGUCGCCAAGAUGGUGAGGGCGGCGCUGCUGGAGAUCCUGAAGCUCGGAGUGAAGGUGCUGCUGCCCCGGGACCUCGUCUGCGAGCGCUUGGUGCAGCUGGAGCCUUCGCCGCCCCCGCAGGCGGACCCCAAGGCCAAGGCCAAGGCCAAGGCCAAGGCGGCGGCCGCGCCGGUGGAGGCAGACGAGGCCCCGCCCCAGCUGGAGGAGAGGCUGUUUCCGCUCGCCGGUGCGCUCGUCGCGGCGGCCGCCAGAGGGCCCCUGCAUGCGGGGUUCCUGGACGGCAGCGAGUGCUACCUCUGCCUCAGCCCGGAGGACGCCUCCCUCUCGCUGCACGUGGGCCCGGACCCCCCCUCCUGGGCCCCGGCGCCGGGCCCUGCGGCGGCGCCGGCGGAGGAGGGCCCCGCGCCGCCCGCCGGCGAGAGCGCCGGCGCCCCCGCCGACGGCGCACCGGGGGGCGCGGACGCCGCCCCGGCCGACCCCCUCGCCGCUGUGCCCGGCGACUGGACGGUCCGUGACGUGGGUGCCGAGACGCUGGAGGCCCUCUUCCAAAGGAUGCGGCUCUGCCGCGGUGUGCUGUGGGAAGGGGCGCUCGGCGACUGCAGCGGGGAGAGCGGGAGGAGGGCCACCAGGGCGUUCCUGGCGGAGGUGCACCGCAGGCUAGAGGGCGGCUCCGAGGAGGCCGACGAGGAGGAAGAGGAGGAAGAGGAGGACGAGGAGGAGCCCGCGGAGCCGAAGCCGCCGAAGCCGCCGCCGAAGCCGCCGGCGGCGGAGUUCGGAACCGCGGUCGUCAUCGGAGCCGAAGCCACGCGGCUGCUGAACGAGCUGCCCGAGGUGACCCCAGCGGUCACCUUCGCGUCUGGGUCUGGAGAGGGGGGCUGCUGCGGAUGCUUCGCGGCGAGCCGCUUCCAGGGCUGAGGGCCUGCGCCCAGAGGUGAGGCCGUGGCGCGCGGGGCGCGGCUCGCCUCCCCGCCCCACGGCGAGGGCGAGGCGAGGCACGCGCCCGGCUGCCACCUUCGGAUCCUGCUGCGUUCCGGCCACGCGCAGAGGGCAUCCGUGGUGUGCCAGAGAAGCGACUCUUGGCAGCAACCGUCUGCAGUGGCAAGCGAGAUCAGUAGCUAGCGGUGGCAGCAUGAGGAGGAACAAUUUUUGGAUUAGGGUCAGUUUUGCUCGGAUUGCGCAUGCGGGUUGGCGGGUUGCGCGAGGAAUCUGGCACCAGCGUCCCUUUUUCAUGGAAGCCAUUGGCGACCAAGCAUUUGCUCUCCAAAUGACGCUUCCAUGGUUGCGCGUACAGGCUGCCCAUGCGGGUUGGCGAGCUGCGCAUGGUGUCCAGCACAAGCACACGCCCUCUGCAAUGGCGUUUAUCAUUUGGCGCGUUUGCUCAGCCGCCCGAAUAUGUUACUUCACGCCCUUUAAGAAUAACGCUGGUGGGAACAUUGCCCAGAUGUUCACGGGCACCCCAGAAAACGCUCUUUGGGCAGCGUUUUCUUUGUUGCGUUGGCAUACCCGGCCAACUUGAACGAUUGUGACACGUGCGGUUUAGUUCAGCAUGCUCCCUCUUGUUCUAGCCUGCGCGGGGUUCACAGUGAGCGCACUCGAGUCCAGGAGGCUGCGGCACACGGGGCUGCCUUCGGCGCAGACACAGGGCUGUCCCGUCACGCUCUCCCUUCAGGUCUUCCUCCCCGUCCUCGCACGCCCACGCGGGCAGGCACGUCUCGGGUUGAGUUCGGCCCCAGCUCUGGGGCCCGUGAAGCUGUGCGCUAUGCGGGUGCAUGUGCACUCGUCAACGCCCCGACUGUAAUAUGCGAGCGCUCAUGCGUAAACUGGCGGGAGGGUGCGGUGCGCACGCGUUCUCUGUCAAGGGGGUCGCGAGCAGGCUCUCGGCAGGUUCUCGCCCCUUCCAGCCCGCUGCCCUUUACGUGUGGAUCCCACCAUCCCACCAUUUGUUGCCUUUCUGCACACACGCCUUAGCACGAGCGAUCAAGCUUCUCCGUUCCUUGUGCACUUGCUGGAUAUUCCACGGACUGAUGUGGGGCUCGGCCAGUUCAGCAUCUGAAGCAUGGGUCCAAGAAAA